AUGCUGGAUGCAGCCCGUGCUCGUUCCACACCUGGCCCCAAACGAGCCACCACACGCCGUCUCUUCAGCGCUGCCGGACCAACACAGCGACUGGAGUUACAGGGCCUCUGCAGUGCGCCUUCCGCUUUGGUGGCUUUUGCUGCCUGGGCAGGUCCAAGGGAGCUGAUGCCUGCUGCUGCUGCUGCUGCUGCUGCUGCUGCUCCUCUUCUUUCUCCUUGUCGUCGUCUAGUUCUCACACUUCUCUUUCAAAAUCACAAUCCCAUUCUUGCACCUCCACAGUGGCCAGUCCAAUCUCCUUCAGCCUCACCUUCUCGGCGAAUCAACCUGCACAAGCGCAUCGUUGCUCCCCCGAUCGAUCUGAGAAACCCAAGAAAAAAAAACCAGGCUCCGACUAUUGAACUAUCGGACGCUAUGCAGCACAGCACCAGCUACGCCCGAACGAAUGCAGCGCUGCGACACCGCUUCGACUUUUUACGCCUUCAUGUUCGUUUUCAGCUCGUCGUGGCACGAACCCUGGCAGGCCUGACCGCUGCGGCUCAAAUGCGCGACUGCACACUAGCACUGCUAGCCAUGCAUAUGCAUGCCACGGCGUAUGCGUCCGUACUGCUUGUGCAAGGUGAUAGAGCGACUCCGAGCUGCUCUGGACACGCUGCGUCCAGCAUGAUACAUGUGAUGCACCGCAAAAGUCGUGCCAGUAUCAGUACUUGGUGCUACUACCAGUACUAUCAGCAAUCUGGCCAUGGAUCGGGCAUCAGCAAGCUACUACCUGCUUUUGGGCAUCGUGUCUUGGAUCAGCUUCAAUCCGACUCUGACUUGGACGUUCUGGCUCUAGCCUGGGGUUUCCUCCUCCCCACCAAGUCUGACCGUGCCGUAGUCUCGAAGAGGUCCAUUGAUGAGCAACACGGAGACUCGAUUGUCUCGUUCUCGUUCUGCUGUCUGCUAUAUGUCCUUCGUUAUGCUGUGUCAGCAAGUCAGCUUAGGCCGCUGUACUUGAUGCUAAUGGCAGCCGGCGUCGAGGUACCCAGCAGCUACGGUGUUUACGCCCGUCAGUUACAUAUGCCUACAUCAUCGGGGGGGUUUCCGUCAGCCUUACACACUCGGGGCACCCCUCCCCCGCUGCUGGCGCCAUGCAAUGGUGCCACAUUCGAUGCCAGCGCUAACAUGGGCAACGCAGCAAAUCACGGCCUGCAACAGAGGGCAUUUCCUCACCGUUCAGGCCACAACGUACAUCUGAACGUGGUCCCUAGACGGGUUGGCGGAUCCCACAGCGCAGCCAUCACGACGCCUUGGUCUUUGGCUCUCCAGACACACGUCGCCCUGCGUGUGGCCCCGGUCUCCGGCGGCAUGGAGCAUUUGAUGCCAAGUACGGCAUAUGUACGUACUCCGUACACCGCACCGAAUCCCCCCCUUUACCCUCCCCAUGCCCUUCAGACUCUCCCGCAUGAUGCUCUCCACCAUGCUGUGUAA